AUGUUGGAUCAGGAUGAAGUUGAACCUCUCGGAGAAACCCUGCCCUGCAGCAACCUUGCGGUGAACUCAUCUGUGGUUCCUGUGGGAGGAACCAUCUCAGCCACUUGCACCAUCUGGAAAAGGCGCUGCCCCAUUCAAGAGGACGGCGAGGUCCACAUUCUGUGGAAGUGGAAUGAGCAGCUGCUCAGCGGGACCCAGCACAGCCUCAGUGACGGCAUGGAAGUUUCCAACCUGACCGUCGGCCCUCUCAAUCAGACGCUGAACCUUCUGAGCUGCUGGCUGCAGAGGAAAGGGCCCCUCCAGAUGAUGGACCUGAUCCGGAUCCAGGCUGGAUAUCCUCCAUCAGAGCCCCGCAACCUCACUUGUGUUAUGAACAUCACCUCCUUCAGCCUCAGGUGCUGGUGGGACCCUGGAGAGGACAGCCUCCUCUCCGUCAACGUUACCCUCGAAGGUGUCCGGAGCGGGAGCGAAUGCACCGCCCACCUGCAGGACGUCCCACUCUGUGUCCCCUCGGCCGGCCAGAACUCUUGCUCCGUCCCUCGCCAGCACCUCUUCCUCUAUCAAAACAUGAUUUUCUGGGUGUCAGCAAAGAACGACCUGGGAAGUGCGAGAUCAAGGCCCUUGUGUGCAGACCCCAUGGAUUUAGUCAAGCUGGAUCCUCCGACCCUCCGGGUGAUCCAGUCCGUCCCCGAAGACACCGACUGCGUGGCCGUGGCCUGGGAGGGACCGAAGGGCAGCGAGUACAUGGACCAGGCCUGCGAGCUCGGCUACCGGGUGGAGGGGGAGCAUUCCUGGACAUCCGUCUACGUGGGCAACGUCACCCCCUCCGCCUGGCAAACCGAGCACUGCGGCUUCCUCUUCGCCACCCGCUACCAGUUCCAGCUGCGCUGCCAGAAGCUCCCGGCCGGCUACUGGAGCGACUGGAGUCCCACCAUGAACUUCACUACCCAUGAGAAAGCCCCUUCAGGCAAGCUGGAUACCUGGUGGAAGGUGAAGACCCAGGAGGCGGGCAAAGGAAGAGAGGUGCAGUUGCUGUGGAAGCCCAUGAAACCCAACGAGACCCAUGGGAACAUUCUGGGCUAUUGGGCCACGCUCAGCUCCCGACCACAAAGCAGGAAGCCGCCCGCCCUCUGCCACACCACGGAUUUACACUGCACUUUCCUUCUGCCGCCUGGCACCCAGCGGAUCUUUCUUGUGGCUUUCAAUUCACGAGGCGCCUCCCAACCCACUGAAGUAUCCUUGCUAGAGAAGAAAGGUCAGCCAGUGCCAAAAAUCUGGACCUCUCCUUAUGAUGCAAAGAGCCUCUGGGUGCACUGGGAUCCACCAGGGGAACGGUCCGCUACUGGCUACAUCAUCGAAUGGUGCAAGGUGACAUCUGCAGAUCGAACCGAGGACAAUGGCAGCAUGAAAUGGACCAAGGUGCACAAUGGCGCCGCUACGCAAGCUCUGAUUCAAGAAGGCUUUGAACCUUUUCAGCGGUACAACGUCUCCAUCUACCCCCUUUACAGGGAUGCCCUGGGGAUGCCCCAGUCUGUGGAAGUUUACACCUUGCAAAAAGCUCCUUCUGAAGGACCCAAACUUCAUCCAGGGAAUAUCAGCAAGUCAACAGCCGAGGUUCACUGGGAGCCCGUCCCUGUGGAAAAGCGGAAUGGGUUCAUCAUCAGCUACACCCUUUUUUGGAUUGGCACCGAUGAAGUCAUGAGCAGUGCUGUUGUGAACGCCUCCAUCCACUCCUUCACGGUCAAAGGCCUCUGGCCUUCCAGGAUGUACCAGGUACACAUCAUGGCCUCUACAGUCGCUGGAAGCACCAACGGAAGCGCUCUUACGCUCUACACCAAGGCGACUGAUGAUACCGACACGACUUUUGUCUUCAUAACAGCUGGGCUGCUGUUGGUCAUGCUGAUCAUCCUGGUCUUCUGCUUCCAGAAGAGCAAGCGGAUGAAGACGCAGUUUUGGCCCAGCGUUCCUGAUCCGGCCAACAGCAGCCUGGGCAAAUGGGCCCCAGCAGUUCUGCAAGAGGAGACGGCCCCGCCACCCCCGCCGCUCAAGCCCUGCGAGCUCAGCCCGGUCGUCGUUUCUGCCGUCCUGGUGAUUGAAACGGACGAGAAGAAAUGCCUUUCGUGCGGGAAGACCGAGCCCGGGAAGGCCCUGGAGGACGGGCCCACCACUUUCCACAUCUCUUACGUCCACGAUGCCGACGCCACGGCUCUGCUCAACGGAAGCCUGCCGCCCGCCUCCUACGUGAACAGCCCGGAGUCCGUCCAGUAUGCCAAAGUGGUGGGGGACAGCUACCGCCGCCAACCGCAAGCCAACGUGCCCACUUUCUACAUGCGCUCCGACUCCACGCAGCCGCUGCUGGGCGAGCCCACACCCAGCCCCAAGCUGUACGAGAACCUGUGGUUCCGCAACGACCAGCCGGAUGCCGAGAGGGGCUCCAGCUUUCAGGAGGAGGCCGUCUUCCUGGAAAGGACCCUGCUGGAUUUCCCGUUACUGCAGGGCCUCAGAAUCGACGGGGGUGAAGACCUGGGCAACUUUCGGCGGCUGUAGCCCCCCCCCAAGUGCGGGGAUCUUGGAGGGCUGCCUGGGGGAGCGGCCGCCCGCUGAGGUUCUCCUCUUCUGUAGAGAAAGCAGGGCCCCAGUGCUUGGCCAAGCACCCUCCUGGUUGCCCUCCCGGGCGAGGAGAUGGGAAAGCCACUGAACUUGGGCUUUCCGACACCAGGGUGAUUCCCUUUCCUCUUGGUCAUGGUGAGCCAGGAUUGUCAGAAAACGCAAGCCCCCCCCCUUGGGCCCCUCCUGCUUUCCUGCAGCCCCUUUUCACAGCAGUCAUCUUCCAGCUCAAACCAAGCUGAUGAACUUGUAUUGUGCCACUUGCUGCUACUCGGAGUAGGUACCCAACUGGGGUGACCCACCACCCUUCUUACACUUACGCAGCCUCGGAAUAUGCCUAUGUACAACCCCCGCACAGGCCGGCAUCAUUUCUGCUGCUUACGGAGCCUGCCGGGAGGCCAGUCCCUCUAAACAAGUUCCUGCAGGAGUCUGGCUCCGUGUGCAGGAAGCUGGUGCUGGGACUGGACACCAGGAGCCGCCCACGUUAGUUCUAACAAGAAAAAUGGAAGGAUCAGGCAGGCUGAAGCUCAACUGGUAUUCAGUCAGGAGGGUUUUUUCUGCCCUUUGUUACAGCAGAGGGAGAUUUUCAAGCUAAUAAACUGAAUUCUGCAAUGGCAGUUUUCCUUCUUUGGUGCUAGAGUUGCCUACCCAACCAUUUAAAUCACAAGUGGUCUAUACACCUAAAUCAGGGCAGAGCUGAGUUGCAGGAACGUAUCUCUGGGCCAAUCUAAUGGUGUCCUUUAUUCCGUUUCCUUCAGGAUCUGUUUGGACAAGGGAAGGGAAACAAGGAUGUUCUCUUUUCCCCCCCACCAUUUCCAGCAACAACAAAGUCAAAGGGUGUGUGUGUGAAGAGCAGGCAGGAAACACUGUUGUUUGUUCAAAGUAUUUUUUUUCUCCACUGCUGCUGUUAUUUAUCGUAUACAUAGAAUGUUGCAAAAUAAAAGGUGCUUCGUAGCAA